AUGGAGAAAGAAGUGCAGUCUGAGGGUGCGAUCGGCAAGGAAGAUGAGGAUGACGGUGUUGAGGGCGAAGAGGGAGAUGAGGGCUCCAAGGGUGAUGCAGAAUACGUGUGCGAGGAAGAUGGUGACGAUGAUGAGGAAACCAAGGGCAUCGAAACCACUGAGGCGACACAACAGCGCGACUAUCCUGAUGCCGAAGAUUCCGAAUCGGCGCAGUCCGCGAGCAAGGGCGAGAGCGAUGAGGGGCAGGCUAAAACCAAGCCAGCCGACCAUGUUCAUUUUGGAGCGAUUAUUGCAUCAAAAGGGGGCAAAGAUAAACCUCUUGAAGUGGAGGGUGAUGACCCGCUGGUCGCCUUGCGUGCAACACCAGAGGGGUCACGAAACCCUUCCGAGGAGGUGCCCGUGUAUGGCGCCGUGUUUGAUAGUCUUAAGCGGGCGCAAGAUGACAACGCUAAGACCGUGGCUCGUGUGGAAGAAAUGUUGAUGAAAGCCUUGGCACAGAGUCAUGGUGGGUCAUGUCGCCGGAAAGCGGAGAAGCAGAGAGAUCCCGGGCUCGGGUGUGCCAACCCGAAACGUCGCCGUGUGGAGGCGCGCAGUGACGCUUCUGAAGGCGACGAGGACGACGAGAGUGAUGAUUCGCGCCGGCGCCAUAUGAGGUCUUCAAGGUUGCCUGUGCUGCAGAGCGCGCUUGAUCUGUUCCCUGCAGACAAGGCGUGGAAGCGCAUGUGCGACCUAGCCAGGGUGUACCUGUUUAUGAGCAAGCCGUACGCAACGAUAACGUUUUACCCGAGUAGCGACGACAAAACCGACGGGGUUUGUGCGGUUUUAGAUCGUCUGCCCUACAGUUACGCGUGCCUGGCAUUGGCUGCUGACAAGUCACGUCGAGCUGAUUUGAACAAGACGUUGAGCGAGUGGAAGACCCGUGUUGCAGCGCGAGUUAGAGAUAUCGCGCUUCCAAAGCUCGGGUUGUUCCGUGACGAGAUAGAUGCUUCGAGCCCAUGGGCACCGGAGAAGGAGCGCAGCGCAGAGAAGAUCCGGGAACGCAUAGGGCUGGCCGAAACUCUUGCGCUGUCAAACUGGAGCAACGACCGCCAAGGCAUGCCAUUUGCAUCCGCUGCUUUUGUCGCGUGCGCCAAGGCUGCAUUCAAGCCGAAGAAGCCAGGAGUUCCUCUCACUCUGAAUGUGUACCACUUGGCCUGGCUCGAGCAUGUGGUGAGUUUGAAGGCUUGGAUGGUGUGGCGGUUUUUAUCUCUCGUCGGGCUGGCUAAAUUGGUUACAUGGUUGUUGCAGGUAACGGAUGCUGUCAUGUAUUGGGAGGAGCGCAAAGGUCGCCUUUCCAACUCUGCGGGUGGCAACGGCCAUGUGGUCAAUGGGCUCAAGGUGCUCGCCUAA